GUCCUCUCUGCUCUUAAAGGAAUCUGAUCGUACUGCCAUCAUAUCCAGCCGUCGAUCUUAAAUUGACCCUCCGUUUUCUCUUGUCUACAAAGCUGUCCCUCUCUCUCCAAUUUCCCUCCACUGCAAUCUCUCUCCUUCGUCUCCCCCUCCCUCUCUUCCCCUCUUGCUUCUUAUUUCUAUCAUCAACUAACUUCAGUGUUAACAAACCCAAGAACGAGAACAAGCUGGCAAACAUGUUCAAAUCUCAAUCCCAAGACCUCCCUGAUUGUUUUUACUAUCCAAACCAACCUGUUUUAAUCCCACCAAAUGCCUUAACUCCUAAGCAUUCUUUGUUUCUCUCUAAUCUUGAUGAUCAAAAGUUCCUUAGAUUCUCCAUUAAAUAUCUUUACCUUUUUAGGAAAUCUAUCAGCCUAGAUAUCUUGAAAUAUUCUCUUUCAGCAGUUCUUGUCGAUUACUACCCUUUAGCUGGGAGAUUGAGACCCAGUGCUGAAGAUGAUCAGAAGCUGGAAGUUGAUUGCAGUGGAGAAGGUGCUGUCUUUGCUGAAGCUUUCAUGGAUAUCUCUGCUGAGGAGUUCCUUGAACUUUCCAAAAAGCCAAACAGGUCUUGGAGGAAGCUCUUGUAUCGAUUUGAAGCUCACAGCUUUUUAGAUAUUCCUCCCCUUAUUGUUCAGUUGACGAAACUCCGUUGUGGAGGAAUGAUCCUCUGCACCGCCAUCAAUCACUGUUUAUGUGACGGCGUUGGCACAUCUCAGUUCUUGCAUGCUUGGGCUCACAUGGCAACCAAACCCAAUAUUGAUCUUCCCAUCUCGCCCUUUCAUACCCGGUAUGUGUUGAAAUCUCGGAAUCCACCGCAAGUUAAUUUUACUCAUCCUGAAUACAAUAGAAACGCCCCCACCAAGGACAGCGCUGACGCAGCUGCCCGUAUAGAGCUUAAUCAUUAUUUACAGUCUCAGCCACUGGUUCCAGCAUCCAUAACUUUCACCCCUUCUCAUAUUCUUCAACUCAAGAGGCAGUGCGUGCCGUCGCUAAAGUGUACCACAUUUGAAGCACUGGCGUCUCACACUUGGCGCUGUUGGGUUCGAUCACUUGACCUGUCGCCUUCUCUCAACGUGAAGCUGCUGUUUUCUGUGAACGUGAGAAAGAAAUUAAACCCUGAAAUACCACAGGGGUAUUACGGGAAUGGCUUUGUGCUAGGAUGUGCUCAAACUGUUUCUAAAGACUUGGUCAAAAACAACUUGUAUCAUGCUGUGAAAUUAGUGCAACAAGCUAAAGCAAAUUUGACUGAUGAAUAUGUGAGGUCGAUGGUUGAUUUACUGGAAGAUAAAACAUGCAAAACAGACCUUUCAGCAAGUUUAGUUAUUUCUCAAUGGUCUAAACUGGGACUGGAGGACUUGGACUUUGGAGAAGGGAAGCCACUGCAUAUGGGUCCCGUUACAAGUGACAUUUACUGCUUGUUUUUACCGCUUAUUGGUGAUUUUGAUUCUGUGAGAGUGCUUGUGUCAUUGCCAGAGAGUGUGGUGGGGAAGUUUGAGUAUUAUAUGAAAGAGCUCUUGGAUGGUGAAGAAGACGAUGGAGAUGUUAAUGGCUAUUGCGCCGAGGAGAAUGGUUUGAUGUGAAAAGUUUGAGGUUUUCUUUUGCUUUUUUACUGUUUUUCAUCAGCUUCCCACGAAAUAAGGGCCAUUAUUACGCGAGAAACUUACCAUAAUUUGGGUAUAUAAAAGUGAAUAUAUGACUUACAUGGUUUUAGAACAU